GAGUGCGUCUGGCCGGGAGCCCUGCCCCGCCUCUGGGCACAGCGUCACCACCUCCUCUUCCUCUGCGCUGAGUUUCUAUUUCCCCGUCUUCUCGCCCCGGUCUCCGGCACAGGCAGGAUGGCAUCGCCCAUAUCUCAGAAGCUGGAGGAGAAGCUGGUGUGCUCCAUCUGCCUGGAGCUGUUCAGGGUGCCCGUGACCUUGCCCUGUGGCCACAACUUCUGCAAGCGCUGCAUCAGCGACCACUGGGACAAGCAGAAGCAGGUGCCCGCCGGCACCGACGCGAGCUACACCUGCCCCGAGUGCCGCAGGGGCUUCGAGCGGUGCCCGGAGCUGGAGAAGAAUGUCACCCUGCACAGCGUGGUGGAGCUGGCACGGGACAGUGACGAGCGGGGCUCGGCCGCGGGCCGGUGCGAGGUGGCCCCGGCCGAGUUGUGCCGGCAGCACGGGCGGCCGCUGGAGCUGUACUGCGAGGACGAGCGGCGCUGCAUCUGCUGCAUCUGCACCGUCCGGGACUGCCAGCGGCACCGGCGGGUGCUCUUCGAGGAGGAACGAGCCAAAAAGCAGACCUUUUUGGAAGAAUCCCUGGAAAAAUCCCAGGAGGAAUCAGAGAGGAUUGAACAGGCAAUGAAGGAGCUGGAGUUGCAGACAGAGAGCAUCAAGGACUGCUCUGAGCUCAAAGAUGGGAUUCAGAGCAAAUUCACUCACUUGAAGAAAGCUCUGGAGGAUUUCCAGUGUCAGACAGUGGCCAGGAUUGAGCAAGAGCAGAGGGCGGCUCUGGAGCACGUGGACAAGAACUGGAACCUGUGUAAGGACCGCCUGGAUGUCCUUGGCCAGCACAUGGAGAGGGCUCAGAGCCUGCUGGCCUGCCCUGACCACAAGACCUUCCUGCAGGAGUUCCCCCUGCUCCCACCUCUGGAGAGCCCAGAGGUGCUGAUGCCCGUGGAGUUUGAUGUGGCUGCUGUGAUCAAGCCCAUCUCUGAGAUCCUCACCAGCAUCUCCAGGCUCCUGCUGGAGGACCUGCCUGCCUGUGUGGCCCCCGAAGCCCCCAACCCUGCUGGCCAAGGCCCAGUGCAUCCCCAGGAGCUGGUGGUGAAGGCUGUGGACCCUCUCCCCAAGUGCCAGCUCCGAGCUGAGCUUCUGAAGGACCACCGCAACCUGACCUUCGACCCCGAGACGGCCAACAAGUACCUGGAGCUGUCCAAAGGUGCCCGCAAAGCCAAGCACAGUCCUGGCACCGUCCCUGGGAAGGGGCAGGGCCCCCGCUUCGAGCCCUGGCAGGUGCUGUGCACGCAGAGCUACGGCCCCGGCCACCACUACUGGGAGGUGAAGAUCUCCAGCCACUCCGUCAUCCUGGGGGUCACCUACCGGGGGCUCCCCCGGGAGCAGCAGCAGCGCCACAGCUUCAACAUCGGGCUGGACGGGGGCUCAUGGGGGCUGCAGGUGCGGGAGGAUUGUUACCUGGCCUGGCACAAGGGCCACGCCCAGAAAAUCCAGGAGCAGCUCUAUAAGAACCUGGGGGUCAGCCUGGAUUAUGGCAAGGGGCUCCUCUCCUUCUAUGGCCUCGGGGAGAAGACAAAACUCAUCCACUCCUUCCACAGUGUCUUCACUGAGCCCCUGUACCCUGUGUUUUGGCUGUGUGAGGGGCGAGUGGUGACACUGUGCCAGAGGGACUGAGCCAGAGCCAGCACGCUGAGCCAUAGCAAAGCUGGCAAGCCCAGGCUGGUGCCAAAGUGGAGCUGCAGUGAGGCUGUCGUGGUGCAGUGGGACCCCAGUGCUGAGGCAGGUGUGGAGUGCAGUGUUUUAACAAGAGCUGAUGGGGACAGACAUGUAAAUUAACCUGUUUGAUUUGCAAACCUGUGUGAUAUGCAAAUAUCACACUAGUGACACAUGGCAGGGCUGGAGCUCACCAUGGGUGCCUGCCCCUGCAAAUAGAGCAAGGGAAUGGGGGAUAAGGAGGGUGAAAAAAUGAGAUUUUCCUCUUUCUUCUAUCCCUGCCAAACCCCCAAACUUGGGGAAGGUUUGGGAUGAGGGGGACCCCAGAGGGAGGUGCUACUGCCACGGGGUGCUCUGAAACAAUUUGGAGGGACCUCUGUGCUCACACAGCCUCACAUGCAGGCAGGUCCUGCUCCCCCCCCCCCAGCCCCUUCUUGGUUUCCUCAUGCUGUUCUCAGACCUGGCAGAGCAACUUCUCAGGGUUCUACGCUGCAGCUCUUUGUACGAUGCUGCUUUUCCCAAUAAAGCUUUAUUUUCUUA